AUGGAGCACAACGAGAAGCAGCUCGCACCCCGAUGGGCCGCCGCGGAGCGUGCUGAGGACAACGUUGCCUCGCGAGAGUCAGCGACCCCCGGCCGCCGCAACGUCCUCCUGUAUGCCCUCGUCGCGCUCGCGCUCACCGCCUGCACCAUCUUCGACGUCGACCAGCUCGCCCGCAAGGGCUGGGAGCGCGGCGCAGAGCUCUUCUACCCCGACUCUGCGCCGUCCCAGGGCGGCCCGUCCGACCACGGUCGACUUGACGAGCUCGUCGGCGCGCGUGUAGGCGACGUGGCAUGGGGCCCGUGCGGUGCCGACGAGCACGCCGUGCCCGGAGCCGAGUGUGGAUACGCGAUUGUGCCUCUGGACUACUCCGACGAGGGCGCAGGAGUGGCAAAGAUCGCCCUCGGGCGGUACAACGCCACCGGCACUCGCAAGGGCAGCCUCUUCAUCAAUCCGGGAGGCCCGGGCGGCUCAGGCGUACGCCUGGCGACACGAGCAGGUCCCUAUAUGCAAUCCAUCGUGGGCGCAGGAUACGACAUCGUGGGAUUCGACCCGCGAGGCAUUGGCAAGACCGAGCCCGAGACGCGUUGCUUCACGGAACCUGGGUCGCGUCUUGCGUUUCUGCAGAACACGGUGCUGGAGCGCGGAUUCGACACCAGCGCGAACUUCAGUGACCCCAUCAAUCGUGCGCGCCUGAUAGAAGCUCAGCGAGAUGCGAACGCGCUCUUCCAGACGCAGUUCGCCGUCUGCACGAAGACCCUUGAGAACACCAUUCGUUACAUGGGCACGACUACCGUGGCGAGGGACAUCGACUACAUGACCACCCUUUUGGACGGAGAGGAUGCGAUGAUUAACUUCUACGGGUGGUCAUACGGUACUGUCAUCGGUCAAUACCUCGCCAACAUGUUCCCCCAUCGCGUUGGUCAUAUUGCUAUCGACGGAAUGGUUGAUGCCGAGCAGUGGACGACGGACUCGCCAUACAAAUGGUUCAACGGCGGGUGGCUUUCUUCGACCGAUAACGUCUACGAUCUCUUCUUUGAAGACUGUGCGAAGGCUGGGCCCUCUGGCUGUGCCCUAGCAAAGACCGAAGAUGAAGACCCUGCAGACAUCAAAGCGCGCAUGGAGAGCUUCGUGAAUGGCCUGCUGGAGCGGCCUCUUCCUGUGCCCAACGCCACACACCCCGGCAUCCUCACCCAAGGUCGCGUCCGCUACUUCCAGCUCGACAUGCUCUGCAGCCCGCUCUCCUGGCCCACCGCCGCCUCCUCGCUCGCCGCCGCGCUCGCCGGCGACGCCUCCGCCAUCCUGGACGCGGUCGCGGUCUCCGGCUCGGCCGACCUCCAGCGCUCCGCGGUGACCUGCAACGACGUCGCGCCCUUCGCGCCGCCGCCCGCGGAGGCCGUCGUAGACGCACUGCUCGCCGCGUCCCGGAUCUCGCGCUUCGCGUUCGCGAUCGUCACCCACGAGCCCGACAACGGGUGCGAGUUCUGGCCGGUUGCACCUCCGGAGCGCUUCGCGGGCCCGUGGAACGCGACGCUCCGCGCGCCGAUCUUGAUCGUGAGCAACACGCUCGACCCGGACACCUCGCUCGCGAACGGGCGCGCAGUGCGCAAACGCAUGGGCAAGAACGCGGGGAUGGUCGUCCAGAACGGACCUGGGCACUGCUCGCUCGCCUUGCCGUCGGCGUGCACGGUCCGACACAUGCGCGCGUACUUCGCGGACAACACGCUCCCGCCGGACGACACGCUCUGCGAGGUCGACGUCCCGCCCUUCCCAGGCGUGUCCGCGCAGGAGUUCGACGCCGAGACCCUCGCGGUGCACGAGAGUGUGCGCAAGGUGGCGGAGCUUAUCCGACGCACGCGCUAG